AAAAGCAAUAAAUAAUUUCUUGACCCUUAUGAUAAUACAUCUACAGAUCAUUAUGUAGAUAGAACUCUGAGUCUGUUAUUAUACAUUAAUCACCAUAAAUGUUUCUUCUCCUAACCAUUCCAAGAAAGACAGUAAUCACCCAAAAAGGCUUUAACUGUUAAAUCUCGUUCUCCGGAAAAAAAAGAAGAUUCAGAGCUGAAAAUAGAAGAAGCAUGAAAGAAGGAAGAUUCAAGAAGAACCUAUACGCAGUCUUUUUCACUUUCUUCUUCUUCUGCUCCACGUCGGAUUUGCUCCUCCCACGUUCGCCGCUAGAGAUGCUCACCGGAGGGAGGUGGGAUCUCCUGCAGCCGAGUGUAGGCAUAUCAGCCAUGCACAUGCAACUCCUCCACAACAACAAAGUCGUCAUCUUUGACCGUACGGACUACGGCCCUUCGAAUCUCUCCCUCCCUUCUCAAACUUGCCGAAACGCCACCGUUUUCGACUGCUCCGCGCACUCACUCCUAUACGACGUCGCUUCAAACACCUUCCGUCCACUCACUCUCCGAUCCGACACGUGGUGCUCCUCCGGCUCUUUAAACGCCUCAGGCUCUUUGAUCCAGACCGGCGGUUACGGCGUCGGCGAACGAGUUGUACGUAUGUUCACGCCUUGCGACGGCGUUUCUUGCGACUGGGUUGAGAACAGAGCGUACCUCUCCUCUCGCCGGUGGUACUCCACGAAUCAGAUUCUUCCCGACGGCCGGAUUAUCAUCGUCGGAGGGAGAAGAGCCUUCACCUACGAGUUUUACCCCAAGAAUCCGGGAAAAUCCGUUUUCAUUCUCAGAUUCUUGGCGGAGACGAGAGAUCCUAACGAAGAGAACAAUCUUUAUCCCUUUCUUCACCUUCUCCCCGACGGAAACCUAUUCAUCUUCGCCAACCGGAGAUCGAUUCUGUUCGAUUUCGUGAAUCACCGAAUCGUCAAGGAGUUUCCGGUGAUUCCCGGCGGCGAUAAACGGAAUUACCCCAGCACUGGCUCCUCCGUGCUCCUCCCUCUAUCACUCACCGGAGAAAAUAACCGAUCGAAGAUCGCGGCGGAAGUUAUGGUCUGCGGCGGAGCACCGCCCGGAGCGUUUCUAAAGGCGGCGAGGACGAUCCCUAAAAUCUUCGUCGGAGCAUCUCGCACGUGCGGGAGAUUGAAAGUAACCGACCCGAAUCCAAGCUGGGUCAUGGAGCAGAUGCCGUCGCCACGUGUCAUGCCUGAUAUGCUGUUGUUACCGAACGGCGACGUUUUGAUCAUUAACGGCGCGAGUAACGGAACCGCUGGUUGGGAAGACGCUACUAACGCCGUUCUCAACCCGAUUUUGUACUUGCCCGACGAACCCGACCCGACCCGGAGAUUUGAAAUUCUCGCGCCAACUCGAAUCCCUAGAAUGUACCACUCGGCGUCUCUCCUCCUUGCCGACGGCAGAGUCUUGAUCGGAGGAAGCAAUCCUCAUCGGAAUUACAAUUUCACGGCGAGGCAUUAUCCGACGGAGCUCAGUCUCGAGGCAUAUCUCCCGCGUUACCUGGAUCCGCUGUACUCCGGCGUGAGACCGUCGAUUGUCACGGUGGAGCUCGCCGGGAAUAUGCUGUACGGUAAGUCGUUUGCGGUCACGUUCGUGAUUCCGGCGUUUGGGAUGUUCGACGGAAGAGUGUCGGUGCGGCUCGUGGCUCCGUCGUUCAGCACGCACUCGACGGCGAUGAACCAGAGGAUGCUGGUCUUGCGCGUGAGGCGCGUCGUUCAGUUAUCUGUUUUCGCGUACAAAGCUGACGUGGAUGGUCCAACGAACUCCUACGUGGCACCUCCUGGGUAUUAUAUGAUGUUCAUGGUUCACCGUGGAACUCCGAGUGUGGCUAUCUGGGUUAAAGUUUAAACGUGAAUUCAGUUUUUACUCUGCUUUUGAACUCUUUGUUUUUUACAUCAUUUUUAGUGUAGUAAUACAUUUUGUUAUGGUGAAAGGAAGAAAUAGCGGAAACUAAGAGAUUUAAAACAAGAGAUAUAGAGGAUUUAUGAUAUUAGUGAAGA